AUGUACUUUAAAGACAGUUAUCCAAUAGUAGUUCCAAUACCAACAACUGCAAUACAACUGCCAGAAGAAGGCCAAAAAUUUCAACCAACGCAUUUGCCAUUACCAAUUUUAAGUAGCGCCGACACCUCAUCGCACUUAACGCAAUCUGUGAUAAUGAAACCGUCUUCAAAAUUAUUCCUAGUAUGCGGUCUUCUGAUCAUUUCAAUUACUUUCACAUUAGCACGCCCACAAAAUCGAAACAGCCUACAGCAUAUUGCUGUCAUUGAGAAUGAUGCCUAUGAGCAGACAUUGCCCUAUGAGCUGAAGAAUGCAUUUUAUAAAACACCACGCGUCAGAGAAGCUUUGGCAAAAUCAAGUUGGUUUGGACCAGGCGAGGAACCUGUUUUUGAUAGACAAGCUGAAAAAAUUCCUCGCAUUGAGAUCUACAAUGUCCUUGCUCACGCUGGACUUAUACCUAGAAAGCGGCAACUAUUUUAAUAUUGACAUUUAUUGUUUGCAUAUAUCAUUUUCUUUAUUAUUUC